AUGUGUGUUUUCUGACAGCCCGAACAAAACAGUUAAAAAAAGUCUUUACAGAAUAGAGAGCGAAUCGUUUAGAAAGCGCCGAGGUCAUAAAGGUGGAAACAUGGAUGCGGAGGGCUUCGGUGAGCUUCUGCAGCAAGCGGAACAGCUGGCGGCGGAGACCGAGGCCAUAUCAGAGCUGCCCCACGUCGAGCGUAACCUGCAGGAGAUCCAACAGGCGGGAGAGAGACUGCGCUCACGCACUCUCACAAGGACAUCGCAAGACACAGCCGACGUAAAAGCCUCCAUCCUGCUGGGUUCCCGAGGCCUGGAUCUCUUCCACAUCUCCCAGCGCCUGGAGAGUCUCAGUGCUGCUACCACCUUUGAGCCUCUGGAGCCGGUGAAAGAUACUGACAUCCAGGGCUUUCUGAAGAACGAGAGAGACAAUGCAUUACUGUCUGCCAUCGAGGAGUCACGACGCAGGACGUUCCUGCUUGCGGAGGAGUACCACAGGGAGUCUAUGCUGGUGCAGUGGGAGCAGGUGAAGCAGAGAGUGCUCCACACCCUGCUUGGUGCUGGAGAGGAUGCGCUAGACUUCAGCCAGGACCUGGAGCCGAGUUUCGUGAGUGACGUCAGAGCUCCUGGACGCAGUGCUCUGGACAGCGUUGAAGUGGCCUAUGGAAGACAGAUCUACAUUUUUAAUGAGAAGAUUGUGAAUGGACAUGUUCAGCCCAGCCUGGGAGACCUGUGUGCCUCUGUGGUCGACAGUCUGGAUGAUAAGAACGUGUCAGACAUGUGGCUGAUGGUCAAACAGAUGACAGACGUGAGGCUGGUGCCAGCUAAAGACACACUGAAGAGCCGAGUGUCCGUAGACAUGCAGAUGGACUUUGUCAAACAGGCCCUGCACUUCCUGGAGAACAGCUAUAAGAACUACACUAUGGUGACGGUGUUUGGGAACCUCCAUCAGGCCCAGCUGGGCGGAGUACCUGGCACCUAUCAGCUUGUGCACAGCUUUCUCAACAUCAAACUGCCGGGCCCUCUGCCAGGCAUGCAGGACGGAGAGGUGGAGGGUCAUCCAGUCUGGGCUCUGAUAUAUUACUGUCUGCGGUGUGGAGAUCUGUCUGCUGCUAUGCAGGUGGUGAAUAAAGCCCAGCACCAGGUGGGCGACUUCAAGACCUGGUUUCAGGAAUACAUGAACAGCCCCCACCGUCGCCUGGCUCCGGCCACAGAGAAUAAGCUCCGGCUGCAUUACCGGCGGGUUCUGAGGAACAGCGCCGACCCGUAUAAGAGAGCCGUGUACUGCCUCAUCGGCAAGUGCGACAUCGCCGACAACCACGGGGAGGUGGCCGAUAAGACGGAGGACUACCUGUGGCUCAAGCUGAACCAGGUGUGUUUCGAUGACGAUGGCAGCAGUGCGCCUCAGGACAGACUCACUCUGGCUCAGCUGCAGAAACAGCUGCUGGAAGACUAUGGUGAAUCACACUUUUCCGCCAGCCAGCAGCCCUUCCUCUAUUUCCAGGUGCUGUUCCUGACUGCGCAGUUUGAGGCUGCCAUUGCCUUUCUCUUCAGGGUGGAGCGUCUGCGCAGCCAUGCCGUUCACGUGGCUCUGGUCCUCCACGAACUCAAGCUGCUUCUCAAGUCGUCAGGACAAAGUGCUCAACUGUUGAGUCAGGAGGCUGGAGACCCACCCAUGGUGAGGAGACUGAAUUUCAUCCGGCUUGUCAUGCUCUACACGCGCAAAUUUGAGUCCACGGACCCCAGAGAAGCCCUGCAGUACUUCUACUUUCUCCGGAACGAGAAGGACGGGCAGGGAGAAAACAUGUUCAUGCGCUGCGUUAGUGAACUGGUCAUCGAGAGUCGUGAGUUUGACAUGCUUCUGGGAAGACUGGAAAAAGAUGGAAGCAGAAAGCCUGGCGUGAUUGAUAAAUUUGCCGGAGAUACGCAAGCCAUCAUCACCAAAGUUGCCUCUGAGGCUGAAAACAAAGGCCUGUUUGAAGAGGCUGUCAAACUGUACGAGCUGGCCAAGAACCCAGAUAAGGUUCUAGAGCUGUUGAACAGAUUGCUGAGUCCAGUCAUUGCCCAGGUCAGCGCUCCACAGUCCAAUAAAGAGAGACUGAAGAACAUGGCUUUGCCAAUUGCAGAACGGUACCGCAAUAACGGUAUAGCUGCGGAGAAGUCCGUCGACGGGACCUUCUACCUGCUGCUCGACCUUAUGACCUUUUUCGACGAAUACCACGCUGGUCACAUAGACAAUGCUUAUGACAUAAUUGAAAGGUUGAAGCUGGUCCCUCUGAGUCAGGACAGCGUCGAAGAGAGGGUCGCGGCUUUCCGGAACUUCAGCGAUGAAGUGCGGCAUAAUUUGUCUGAGGUGCUUCUCGCCACCAUGAAUAUUCUAUUCACGCAGUACAAGCGCCUGAAAGGGGCGACAGCAGGCACGCCAGGAAGGCAACAGCGCCCCCUGGAGGACAAAGAUGCACAGCUGCGCAGUCAGGCCCGAGCGCUGAUCACCUUUGCUGGGAUGAUCCCGUACCGAAUGGCCGGAGACACCAACGCCCGUCUGGUUCAGAUGGAGGUUCUGAUGAACUGACAGCCAGC